AUGGCCCAGGCCCAAGAGGGCGAGCCCUGUGCUGCUCCUUCUCCACAGUCCAUAAUCCUCCACAGCGAGGGAGUAUCGGCUCCAGAAGCAGAUCUUGUUCUACCCUCACCCAAGAAAAUCUUGAUUUCAUUCAGUAUUAUUUUUGUUUUGCUUUUGCUUGCCUCAUCAGAAUUGACCCAGAGAGACUAUGGAUGCUUGGAUGGCCAAUACCUAAAGAGAGCAGGAAGGAAAGAGCUUGCUUUCCUUGAUCUAUGUUCUUCCAGCUUCUGCUUUCCAGACUUCCUGGGAAUGAGCUGUGGGAUUCAUGAGUCAGCUUUUGGCAUGAUUUUACUUUCAGCAGAUAAGAAACUAAAAGAAAAAAGAAACCUAUUUGUGCAGUCAGUGUCUGAGCAUACACUUAAUAAUUUGCUGGAUGACCUACUGAGUGAAAAAGUGCUAAAUCAAGAAGAGACUGAAAUAGCGAAAAAGGAAAAUAAUACAACUAAGGAUAAGGCUCGUGCCUUAAUAGAUUCUGUGAUUCCCAAAGGGCCCCAUGCCAGCCAGAUAUUGAUCAAACAUAUCUGUGAGACAGAUUCUACUCUUGCCAACAAGUUGGGAUUUUCUUCAGGUGAGAUUCCUCAAUUCUGUUUAAGGGAUGUUUCAAUUUACCUACACACCUUGCCAUCCAAUAUUUGCUUUCGUAUGUACUUUCCAGGCAAUAGAUGA